CCGCGGCUGCGCGCCAUGGAGGCGCAGGAGAUCGCCGCCGCCGCGCGAAGCUUCUCGGCCAUGGCUCGGAUCGUCGGUCCGGACCCCAAGGCCGUCAAGAUGCGCCGCCACGCCUUCCACCUCCACCAGUCGGGGUCCACCACGCUCUCGGCGUCGGCCAUCCUCCUGCCGCCGGGCGCCCUCUCGGAGCCACCGCCGCUUCUAAGCCGUGUAUGCGCGGCUCGUGGUCACGCCGGGGGGCUCGCGCUUACGGCCGCGUCGCUCGUCGAGCCGUUCCUGGUCGCGGAGCAGCGGGAUAGCCCCAGCGAGGAACUGCAGCCGAGGUUAGUACCGGAGGCGCGUCUUGAUGUGCUAGUUGAGCGUGAGGAAUCAGGGUACAUCAGAGAUGGAGAUUCUGGAGCUCCACAGUGGCUUUCAGCUCAGUUACUUGCGAUGGUUGAUGUCCCAGCAUCUGCUGAUUCUGUAUUAUCCUUGUUAACAUAUGAUGGUUCGAUUAUUGGAAGUUCAUCAUGGGAUGUUGGCUGGUCAUUGGCUGAUGUCAAUCAGAAGCAGGUUGAAAAUGAUGUCCGGUCUUCCCUUGAGUCCAACAGGAAGAAUGUGUAUGCUGAGUCAGUGGAGCCAUCAAUAUUAGCCAAGUCAGCCACAAGAAUUGCCAUAUUAGGAGUUUCAGCCUUAACAUCAAAUAAUGCAAGACAUAUCAAUGUUUCACCGAUGCCACAGCGAGGGGACUCUCUGCUGGUAGUAGGGUCUCCCUUUGGCAUCCUGUCACCAUUCCAUUUCUUCAACAGUAUAUCAGUUGGUGCUGUUGCAAAUUGCUUACCGCCAGGCACUGUCAGGAGCUCACUGCUGAUGGCCGAUAUCCACUGUCUUCCUGGUAUGGAAGGUGCUCCAGUGUUUGACAAAAAUUCUUGUCUGGUGGGGAUGCUGAUGAAACCAUUAAGACAGAGAGGCAAUAGCAUACAAGUUCAGCUUGUGAUUACAUGGGAUGGAAUAUGCACUGCAUGGAGCAGCAACAAACUCGAGGAAGUUGAGCAAGUAUCAAAUGAGUUACUUGAUGACAAUAAUGCAGACAGUACAAUAGUUGAAUCAUGUGGCAUGGAUAACCAUAGGAGGCUUAUUUCUAAUUCAGCCAAUGGUCUUAACCUGUAUAGCAUUCCUCCUUCAGUCAGAAAUGCUAUAUCCUCAGUUGUUCUUGUCACGGUCGGUGAUACAUCUUGGGCUUCAGGUAUUCUCCUCAACAAGAAUGGAUUAGUUCUGACAAAUGCUCAUCUUUUGGAACCUUGGAGAUUUGGGAGAACUUCUCCUCUAGGUUUAGAAAACAAAACCACCUCACUUGCGGGCGAAUAUCUCCCUGAAGAAGAAAGUAAACUGUUGCAGUCACAACAAUGUACAUUGUCCAAUGAAGAUGCCAUUAAGCAUGAGGUUUCAUUGUUUAGUUUGGGUUAAAGAGAGAAGAGAAUAUCUGUUCGUUUGGAUCAUGGGGAGAAACAGACAUGGUACAGUGCUAGUGUGGUUUUCGUCUCCAAGGGGCCGCAUGAUGUUGCCUUGCUUCAAAUGGAAAAGGUUGCGAUUGAAUUGUGUGCAAUUAGACCAGAAUUUGUUUGUCCAGCAGCAGGCUCGUCUGUAUAUGUUAUUGGGCAUGGCCUUCUUGGACCUCGAUCAGGUCUAGGUUCCUCCCUUUCCUCUGGGGUGGUCUCAAAGGUUAUCAAAAUCCCAUCAGCUCAACAUUCUCAGCUGCCAAGCACUUCAGAGACUGACAAUAUGGACAUGCCAGUUAUGCUGCAGACAACAGCGGCAGUUCAUCCUGGAGCUAGUGGUGGUGUUCUUGUUAAUUCGCAUGGUCAAAUGGUUGGGCUAAUAACAAGCAAUGCUAAGCAUGGUGGUGGGAGCACAAUACCUCGUCUAAAUUUCAGCAUCCCCUGCAAAUCUUUGGAGAUGGUCUUCAAGUAUUCAGAAAAUGAGGAUUCCACAAUUUUGGAGCAGUUAGACAAACCCAAUGAAUUGCUCUCGUCAGUGUGGGCGCUGGCAAAAGCACCGUCAUCAAUCCCAUUUCUCAGUAGCCCCCCUGAAAAGAGCAGAGAGGCAAAAGUUUUGGAGUUCUCAAAGUUUCUCGCCGAGCAGGAAGAGAGCUUGAAAUCUGGAAAUGAUAUAGAGCCUUUCCUUAGACACAAGAUUCCUAGUAAAAUUUAGAUGGGAUUGCUUCUGCAAACACAAAUGGUUAGUACAAGCACAGUACACUAGACAUAGGAGUGAAGUAGAGGAAGAUAACAAGAAAAAUUAAGGAUUCAGAUAACCUGAACGCCAAAAUGGCGGGCUGUUAACUGAAAUUUCUACAGGAUUCGGCAAAGGACUUCAAAGCAUACUCUCUAUUGAUAAUGCACAGUUUCUUUCUGGAAAGAUACAUGUUGAUUCAUGCAUAGUUUGUGUCCCAGUAGAAGGGUGUUAUCAGAGCGCACUGACGUUGAUUUCAGCAAGUUCACGUGUCUUCAGGAAUUCCAUGAAGACAGGAACCAAUACAGCUUGUACUGAGAAGAAUAUGUUAUGCCUUUUGCUUGCUAGUUGUACUAACAAUGCUUUCUAGCAUCUGCAGUUGGUCUGAAACCCUCAACUAGUCCUGCCAAAGUCUUUAAAUUCAUUAUGGAAAUCUAUCUGGGUUUCAGCUGGGAUUUUGAUAUCCUAAUA